UUUAUUUUGAUUCAUUUAAUUGAUAUGAAGUCACUGUUAAAAUUUUGUUGAUACAAAGAGUUUGUUUCCAUUCUAUGACUUUUUAAUCUCUAAAUCAUAUACAUUAUUAUUUUUAUUAUUAUAAGAUAAUUUUAUGGCAAUUGAAUUUAACAACUCGUUUGUAUGAAGUAUCUAUUGGUUGGGUUUAGUGUAACCUAUAAAUAUUCUGGCUGUCUAUUUUUGUUAUUCGUCGGUGUAAGUGGUCUAAUUAGCUUUUUAAAGUAUCGAUCUUUUAAGUCUUAUAUGUCAUAAUUAUCAAGACUAAAUAAUGGUCAAAAGUAAUUGAACAGUUUGGUUAAUCGGCUUGCAGGAAAUUGGUUUCACCUAACCUAACUUAUCGAUGCUGCUGCGGAGUUGUUGCGGUUAUUGCGUACGAUUGAAUUUACAGAGAUUUAAUUCCAGGAUUAAACGCAAGUUCUCUCAAAAUACCGUAGACAUGUCUUCCAUGUCGGUUGACGAUCGUAUGUUAAAAGGCAUCCGCAAAAUUGUUCCAAAUUUAAGUACCACAAAAUACAAGGGUCAAGAUGGAAGAAUAGGGAUUUUUGGUGGUAGCACCGAAUACACCGGUGCACCAUACUUUGUGGCGAUGAGUGCCUUAAGAACCGGAGCAGACUUAGCACAUAUAUUUUGUACAAAGGAUGCUGGUGGGCCGAUUAAGUCAUUUAGCCCAGAGCCUAUCGUUCAUCCGAUCUUGGAUCACCAUGACGCAGUGAAGCUAAUAAAACCUUGGCUAGAUCGACUUCACGUCAUCGUCAUUGGUCCUGGACUAGGUCGGGAAGAAAAGAUCUUCAAAACUAUUUCUGAAAUCAUUUGUAUUUGUCGAGAGAUGAAAAAGCCAUUAGUCAUCGAUGCGGACGGAUUGUUUCUUGUCUGUCAAAAGCCAGAACUCGUCAAAGAAUACCCAGGUUUAAUUCUUACACCCAAUGCCAUCGAAUUCAGUCGUCUAGCCAAAGCAAUCUUGGAAAAAUCCAUUCAGCCCGCUCCUGUUGUCAAGGUGUCAGAUGUUAAACAUUUGGCCGAUAUUCUUGGCAAAAAUAUAGUUAUUCUCCACAAAGGGGCAAAGGAUGUCAUCGUCGAUGGCCAUAAAGGCACGGAAACACUAUCCUGUGCAUUCUCAGGGUCAGGUCGACGUUGCGGUGGUCAGGGGGAUCUUUUAGGAGGCACGCUCGCUGUGUUCUGGUGGUGGGCCCUUAGUGCCGGACCUAGUGAAUGUGCUCUUUCGCCUCCAAUGACAGCUUCCUAUGCCGCGUCCAGGUUGACCCGAGAAUGUAAUGCAGCUGCUUUCAAAAUAAAACAAAGAGGAAUGCUUACUACUGACAUGAUCGAACAGAUCCAACCAGUGUUCGCUAGACUCUUCGAGACUCAGUGUACCAAAUCAGCCUCGCAGCCACCUUCUAGAGCAUCUUCCUUCAGUGCAAGAAGUCGAACUCGAAGCACCGAUUCGUAAAAUAAUUCCCUGAUCUUACGUGGCAAAAUUUCUAAAUCAUUAUCGAGGCUUUAAUGGCUGGUGUUGUCGAACGAUUACUGUUUAUACAAGGAUAUCGAUGGGAUGGUAAUUAAAUAGGACCGAUUAACAAAAUCAAGGAAGUCAGUUUCAAAGUAGCAAAGUAGCAAUUUUGUAUACAUAUUCUUACAUCAUUGUACAUUUAUAAUAAAUAAGAUCUCUCAGCGA